AUGGGCAUAGAGAUUGACAAUGAAUGUUUGUUCACACUUCAAUUCGCAGACGAUCAAAUAAUAGUUGCCAAUGACAAAGACGAUAUGCAAUAUAUGCUAAGAAAACUUAUUGAAGAAUACGGAGAAUGGGGCUUGACAGUUAACAUAGCCAAAACAAAAUAUCUAUGUAUAGGCGCACAAGAAGGAAACUUGAACUUGGACAACGGUCAGGAAAUUAAGCAGUGUCAAGAGUAUGAGUACCUGGGAAUUACAUUUGAUAACACUGGAACUGACGGCAGAGAAAUAGAGAAAAGGAUUAUCAACGCGAAAAAAAUAAUCGGAUGUCUAAAUGGAAUCUUAUGA